AUGAUGGCAGCGCAGGCCGGUGCCCAACGACUUUCCAACGGCGCCUCGAUCCACCCCUCCACCUCGCCUCCCGCAUCGUUCUCGCCACCUAGUGCUCGUGUUCGUGCUGCCUCACAGUCGGUUCCUCUUUCGGCGCCACGUCUCCUGACGCCCUUUGACACGGGCGACAUCCGCAUCCUCUUGCUCGAGAACGUCUCGCAGGGCGCGGUCAAGAUGCUCAAGGAGCAAGGCUACCAGGUCGAUUUCCACACCAAGGCUUGGAGUGAGGAAGAGCUCAUCCAGAACGUUGGCCAAUACCACGCCAUCGGCAUUCGCAGCAAGACCAAGCUCACCGCGAAAGUGUUCCGCGCAGCUCACAAGCUGCUCGUCGUAGGCUGCUUCUGCAUCGGCACCAACCAAGUCGACCUCGAGGCGGCUGCCAAGGCCGGUGUCGCCGUCUUCAACUCUCCCUUCGCCAACUCGCGAUCUGUAGCAGAGCUUGUGAUCGGAGAGAUGAUCAGCCUUUCGCGUCAGCUGGGCGAUCGUGUCAACGAGAUGAGGGCCGGCACGUGGAACAAGGUCUCCAAGGGAUGCUACGAAGUACGAGGCAAGAUCCUCGGUAUCGUUGGUUACGGUCACAUCGGAUCGCAGCUCUCGGUGCUCGCGGAAGCCAUGGGCAUGCGUGUCAUCUACUACGACGUUGUGCCUCUCAUGCCACUCGGAUCUGCCAUGCAAGUGUCUAGCCUCAACGAGUUGCUCGGCACUGCCGAUUUCGUCUCGCUGCACGUUCCCGAGCUGCCUGAGACCAAGAACAUGAUCCGCGCCGAGCACAUCAAGGCCAUGAAGAAGGGCUCGUACCUCAUCAACAACGCACGUGGCAGCGUCGUCGACAUCCCCGCGCUCGUUGAGGGUCUUCAGUCCGGCCACUUGGCCGGCGCUGCCGUCGACGUCUUCCCCAAGGAGCCCGCGGCUUCGGGACCCGGAACGUUUUCGAACGAGCUCAACAGCUGGGCUUCGGAGCUGUGCAAGAUGCCCAACGUGAUGCUGACGCCACACAUCGGAGGAAGCACGGAGGAGGCGCAACGCAUGAUCGGUAUCGAGGUGUCGGACGCUCUGAUCCGCUACAUCAACUUUGGUGGCUCGGUGGGUGCUGUCAACUUCCCCGAGGUCGACCUUCGUGCGAUCACAGAAGCAGAUUCGCGUGUGAUCCGUAUCUGCUACGUCCAUCAGAACCAGCCGGGUUCGCUCCGUGCAGUCAACGAGAUUCUGGGAUCGUUCAACGUCGACAAGCAGCACACGGAUUCGCACAAGGGCAUCGCAUAUCUACUCGCCGACAUUUCAGGCGUGUCCGAAAACGACGUGCGCGAGAUCUACGACCGCAUCUCCAAGACAGACGCCAACAUUCUCACCCGUCUGCUGUCUUGA